UUUUGCUUUUGUGAUCAGUGAUAAUGGCGGCCGAAAAGUGUUGUUUUUGUUUAAAAUUGGAGACGGGGUGUGUACUGCUAGGGAUAACUACGUUUGUGAUAUCUUUGAUAAAGAUAAUUAUCACCGCCGUGAUCGUAUUGCCGGUACACGCGGAGAACUUUAAAUCACAGACCUCGAACAACACAUCCAAGCCUCAUCCUCGCCACAUCUUGGAGUUGGUUUCGGAUGAAUCGGUAAAGACUGUCGUCGUGGGCUUCGCUAUGAUCGUUUGUCUACUAUGGAUCGUGAUCUCGAUUAUGCUGAUCAUUGGCAUUGUGAAGAAGAGAGUGAACUUCGUGAUGACAUACUUCCUGUUCGGUAUUGCGAUGAGCAUCAUGUACCUGCUGAGCGCCUUGCUGGAAGUGAUCAGCGGUUUCUGGGUCACGAGUCUGAUCACCUUCGUAUUGACAUUGGUUUACAUCAAUUGCCUGACAUCCGUGUACGCCGCAUACGACAAGAUGCGACAGCAGAAAGGCGUUGACGACCACGAGCGUCUGAUUACUGACGACGAGUCUUUGAUCGAAUGUUAAACCG